AUGGCCAGAGAACAAGAGUUAGGAGAGCUGCUUAAUAAAAAUAUUGUCCACUUUGGAAAGGAGAAGUUUCCAAUUGCAAAGCAAGGAGAGUUUGGAAGAAAUAGUAACAAGGAUGUUUAUACUUCAGGUUUUAACGUGACAUUGGAUGCAACAUUUAAUGGCUUUGACACAUCAUUGUAUCAAUUCAAAGACUGCCGGAGUAGCGCCUGUGAAGGUCUGGAGAAUCUGAAAAAGUUACAUAAGGACAAAACAUUGGGUUGUGCAGUUCUGGGUCCAACAUGCACCUAUGCAACAUUUCAAAUUGUCACACUGGAAACACGUUUGGAAGCCCCCAUAGUAUCUGCUGGAAGCUUUGGGUUAUCCUGUGAUUAUAGACCCAAUGUGACUAGGAUCCUGCCAACAGCUCGGAAACUCUCUAAUUUUUUUGUGAAGUUCUGGCAAUAUGAAAGUGAUGCAAAGCCACACAAGUGGAAUUCAACUUAUUUUUACAAGAAAGAAGAGACCACGGAAUACUGUUUCUGGUACAUUAAUGGUUUGGAAGCUGGGUCAGCUCAGUUCUCUUCGGUUUUAGAUGUUAAAGAAAUCAUCCGUGACCCACUGAAAUUCAAAGAGAUAGUCAACAACUCCACCAGGAAGAGUAAUGUAUCAGUACCCCACCCAGUAACUCAAUAUGGAAGUAAAAUCAUUCCAGGAAAAGUAAAAGAGACAGUUAGCUAA